UGAACUGUAAAGCAUUAGGCACCACUGAAAUCGUGUUAAGAUCGAAAAAGAGAGAUAUUACUUUGGGUUAAUUCAAUUCAUUGACUAAUUUGCCCUCGUGAAUCUCAAGUAGACAAAGAGUAUUAUUUUAGUAUAUAGAAACAUUUCACUUUUGUGAGCUAUAAAUCUAUAAAAACAUCUUUUAUGCGCAUCAAUGCAUCAUCACAAGUGGUAAUAAACACUAUCGAAUUAUAUCAACAAAUAUAAGGAUGAAGGGAUUAAGCACAAUGAAGCUAUUCUUGCUCUUCCCCCUUUUGUUAGCCACCAUCGAGUAUGCUUCAUCUUCAUCCCCCUCCGUCAUCAUUAUCGGUGCCGGAAUGUCAGGUAUCUCGGCAGCAAAAAGACUUGAAGAUGCUGGGAUUAAGGAUUUUGUAAUACUAGAGGCAACGAAUAGAAUUGGUGGGAGAAUUAAGAAGACUGAAUUUGCAGGCUAUACAGUUGAAAUGGGUGCUAAUUGGCUUCAUGGAGUUGGAGGUCGCAUGAGAAAUCCUCUCUAUGAGAUGUCCAAGCAAAUCCACCUUAAGAAAUUCUACUCCGAUUUUAGCAAUAUCUCUUCGAACACCUAUAAACAAGAGGGUGGAUUGUACAAAAAAGAUGAGGUGGAUGCAGCUAUUAAUAAAGUCGACAAAACAAUUGAAGAUGGAGUGAAGUAUUCAAAUAUUUUAAAUUCAGAGAAGGAUGGUAAUGAUAAUAAUGAUAUGUCUAUUUUGGCUUUUGAACGUCUUUAUAAAAGGGAACCAAGAACGAAGCUAGAAAGAGCGGUAGACUUCUUCAACUUUGAUGCAGAACAAGGGCAGGCACCCAGAGUUACUAGCUUGAAGCAUGUUCUACCAUUUCCUGAGGGCCAUUAUUAUGGUGAAAAUUCUUACUUUGUAGCAGAUUCAAGAGGCUUUGAGAGUUUGGUUCAUCUUAUUGCCAAACAAUUUCUCUCUUAUAAGAAUGGUGUAGUCAACGAUCCUAGGGUCAAGUUUAAUCAGGUAGUAAAUAAGAUUGAACAAUCAAAAAAUGGUGUAUUGGUAAGGACAGAGGAUGGCAAGAAAUACCAAGCCAACCUCGUUAUUGUGUCUGCUAGCCUUGGUGUCUUACAAAGUGACCUUAUCAGCUUCAAACCUCAACUUCCAUUAUGGAAAAGGCGUGCAAUAUCAGAAUUCAGCAUAGGAAUUUAUACCAAAAUCUUCCUCAAGUUCCCUCGUACAUUUUGGCCUGUAGCCAAUGGCACCGAAUUUUCCUUGUAUGUUCAUGAAAGACGAGGAUAUUAUACCUAUUGGCAGCGCUUGCACAAUGAGUAUCCCGAAUCACACCUUAUGCUAGUUACAGUGGAAGAUGAUGAGUCUAUAAGAGUAGAACAACAAUCUGAUGAAGAAACAAAAGCAGAAAUAAUGGAAGUUUUGAGAAAAAUGUUUGGAAAAGACAUUCCAGAAGCUACACAUAUACUAAUUCCUAGAUGGAAAUCAGAUAGAUUCUAUCAAGGUUCCUACUCAAAUUGGCCUGUUGGCUAUUCUCAAAAACGCCAUGACCAAUUAAAGGCUCCAGUUGGUCAAGUAUACUUCACAGGAGAACAUACACACAGUACAUUUUUUGGAUAUGCAAGUGGUGCAUACUUUGCAGGUAUCAAUACAGCAAGGGAAGUAAUUAACUGCUUGAAGAAUAAAAGAUUUUGCAGAGGUGUCCGCCACGGAUAAGUCCUAACGAGAAUAUUAGGGAUGAUAUUGGACUUUAAUUUUUUUUCUUUCUAAUUCAUUGAAUGAAGUACUCGACCUCUAGGUGAGGAGUUUCAGAAAAGUGGUGAUUGAAUAUUGUAUGUUUCCUAUGUUGAUCUUGUGUUUUAAAAAACAUGGUGCUCCAUUUCAAUCAUGAAAGUGUUUAAUUAUUACA